AUGAAGUUCUUCAUCCCAUUAGUGUGUUGUAUAGCCCUAUCCCAGGCUCUUCCAGGCGGACAAUCAGUCUCGAGCCGAACCCAAGAUGAUUGGGGAAACUAUGCUUUCGGAUAUGAUAUCGUUGACGAAUAUGGCGCACAAAAUGGUCGGGAAGAGAAAGGUGAUGCUCACGGAAACAAAGUCGGUUCGUAUACCAUUAAGGACUCCGACGGCAGAUCCAGACGUGUCGACUAUGUUGCCGAUGCCCACGGUUUCAGAGCCACCAUCGGAACCAACGAACCCGGAACCGCCACCUCAAACGUUGGUGAUGCCACUUACUUGAGCUCUGCACCGGUCAUAACUGCUGAGCCCGCCAAGAUCUUGGCCGCUGCCCCCGCCUACCACGCACCAACUUUGUUGGCCGCCCCCGCCGCCUACCACGCUGCCCCUGCUUACAGAUCAUACGCCGCUCCAUUGGCUGUGGCCCAUUCAGCCCCCCUGUUGGCCCACUCAGCUCCACUUAUCAAUUCUUACUCAGCCCCACUCAUCAAAUCUUAUUCGGCUCCAUUAGUGUCCCGAUUGUCCGCCCCAGUUGCCUAUGGUCACGGACCCGCUUUGUUGGCCGCCGAUCCCUGGGCUAAAGCCUGGUAA